AUGGCAACAACAUCUCCACCAACCCCCACACCGAAACACCAAACCUCCCUCCUCACAGCCCAGCACUGCGCAGGCCACGUCCACCUCAUCGUAGGCGCCAACCCGCUCGCCGCAAGCCGCGCCGCCUCGUCUCUCGCGGCGGGCGCAAAGCCCAUCCUCAUCGCCCCUACUUGGUCGUCCCCAGAUGAGCUCCACUACUCCCUCACGGCGCUCAUCGCCUCCAACCAGCUCACCCACCUGGCCCGCGCCCUGCGCAGGGAGGAUCUGUUCACUCUUGGCCGGGAAGAGGUAGAUGGCGUUGUUGACGCCGUCUUUGUCACGUCCCCUGCCGCCGCCGCCGGUUUCGCCGACGGUGGUGGUGUUGAGGCCAUCUCGGCCCUGUGCAGGCGCCACCGCAUCCCCGUCAACGUCGUCGACAGCCCCGCGCUGUGCUCCUUUAGUCUCCUGAGUGUGCACAUCGACGGCCCGCUGCAAAUUGGUGUUACUACUAAUGGCAGGGGCUGUAAGCUGGCUGGGCGUAUCCGGAGGGAGGUUGCGGCGGGCUUGCCGGCUGGUUUGGGCGCUGCGUGUGACAGGCUUGGGAACCUGCGGAAGAGGCAGACGGCAGGGUUGAAUAGGCUUGUUCUGGAGGGCGAUGCCGAGGCGGCCAAGACCAGGCGAAUGAGGUGGCUUGCGCAGGUAUGCGAGUACUGGCCUCUGAAGAGGUUGGCGGCGAUUACGGAUGCGGAUGUGGAAGCAAUUCUGGGGUCCGGGGUGCCUGCGGCGCUGAGGAACGGGGGUAACCCAGCGAGUCAUGGGCAAGUCGGCCGUGUUAUUCUUGCCGGAAGCGGCCCCGGCCAUCCCGACCUGCUCACGCGAGCUACCUACAAGGCGAUUCAGUCAGCCGAUAUUAUCCUAGCCGACAAGCUCGUCCCCGCGGGCGUGCUCGACCUCAUCCCGCGGCGCACGCCGGUCUCCAUCGCGCGCAAAUUCCCAGGUAACGCGGACCGCGCGCAGGAGGAGCUCCUCGAGCAGGCGCUGGACGGGGUACGCACAGGCAAGACGGUUCUCCGACUCAAACAGGGCGAUCCUUUCAUUUACGGGCGAGGCGGCGAGGAGGUCGCAUUCUUCAGGGAGCGAGGUCUGGGCGACCGCGUGGUGGUCCUCCCCGGCAUCACGAGCAGCCUGAGCGCACCGCUGUUUGCGGGCAUCCCGCCCACGCAGCGGGACGUGGCCGACCAAGUGUUAGUCUGCACGGGUACGGGCAAGAAAGGGAAGGCGCCGCAGCCUCCUGAGUACGUCGAGUCGAGGACAGUGGUGUUUCUGAUGGCCCUACAUCGGAUUGAGGGGCUAGUGGCUGAGCUGACCAAGUAUACCGACGAGGAGGAACAACGAGCCGAAGAGGAGCGGAGCCAGACAGCAGGAGAAGGGCAGGAGGGUCAGAUCGUAACACAGCAAGAGCAGUCAAAAAGGAGGACCCUCUGGCCGCUCAACACCCCCUGUGCUGUCAUUGAGCGAGCAAGCUGCCCAGAUCAGCGCGUCAUCAGGACGACGCUGAGGUUUGUCGCGGAGGCGAUUGAGCAGGAGGGUAGCAGGCCCCCGGGAUUGCUCGUCGUCGGCCGUUCGUGUGAGGCGCUGUACACGCCGGAAAAGGGCCGCUCUUGGGUCGUUGAGGAUGGAUUCAAGGGGUUAGAUCUAGACAUAGAGGGCGAUUUCUGGACAGGUGGUGCUGUUGGGGUUGCGGGUAUGGCAUAGGGGGCGGUCUGGCCCCGGGAUUGCAUAGCAUAUGAAGCAUUUUGUACGGCGCAUAGGGUGGGUUUGACAGAAUAACUAUCAUACAUCUUCCGCAAAGAGUUUGAAAGGCCUAUGCUUGAUAUCUUCAUCGAAAGGCGCUGUUGCAAUACUUAUCAGUCCUUUCUUUCUAUCCCUCGAAUCUAGAUUAUGAACAAAACAAACGCUAUGG